GGGAGACAAACAGGACGAGGCCAACCUCGAGGCCGGCACAAUAUGAGAAACACCUUGCUCAUUAUUGAUGAAUUUCAAAAGUCUUUAGUAACUAUAGACUGUAUGUUAAGUGCGUCGUUAGUGAAUUGGCACUCCAGCGCAGUAGGUGGCGUUUUGAGCACCUUUCUUCGUCUGCAUUGAUAGCUUCAAGACUGUAGGAAUUUACCUCAUUAACCUACUACUCUCUGCCAAGAUAACAGUAGAUCUUACUCAACAAACAACCCGGGUUCCGAGGAGCAUUUGAAGGCAGCACCAACGGCAAAUCCAGCACCAUUUACUUGAGCGGUGAUCAAGAUGGAGGAGUACCCCUCCAAACAAUCCACUGAAAACCUCGACGACCCCCCAAACAGCCGGCUUUUCGCGGUCACAAGUCGGUCCAUAACCGAAGAUGAGCUACGGGACAGUUUUUCUGUGUUUGGGGACGUCCAGGGGGUUUGGGUUGUCAAAGACAAGCAGACAAAGGAGUCCAAAGGAAUCGCCUACGUGAAGUUCGCCAAGUCGUCGCAGGCCUGUUUGGCUAUGGAGGAAAUGCACGGCAAGGUUUUGAUGGACGGGACCAAACCUAUCAAGGUUUUUAUUGCCCAGUCACGUUCCUCAAACAGACACAGAGAUGUGGAGGAUGAGGAGCUCACCAGGAUCUUCGUCAUGAUCCCCAAAACCUUUACAGAGGAGGACCUUAAAGAUACUUUCAAAGAAUAUGGGGAAAUCGAGUACUGUGUGAUCAUCAAGAAUAAGUCCACUGGUGAAAGUAAAGGACUGGGCUAUGUGAGAUACCACAAACCUUCCCAAGCUGCCCACGCUAUUGAGAACUGUGACAAAACUUACAGGGCCAUCCUAGCUGAACCUCGCACUAAGACCACUGUAACAGAAGAGUACAGUGGAGGAAUGUCCAGAGGUGAAUACAUGGGCGGGAAUGACUCGAUGAACCAGUAUGCCUUCCCUAUGGCUGAACCUGUAAACUAUCAGGGGAUGGACUACCGCUCUGGUGAUUUCACACGGUGCCUGAUGAUAUCAACACGGGCUGCACUUAGCCAGGAGCAGAUUUUUUCUCUGUUUGACCUCAUUCCUGGCAUGGAAUACUGUGAGCUUCAGAGAGACAAUUAUGGGAUGAGUAAAGGUCAUGCUUUGGUCCGCUAUAAUAACCUGGGAUCAGCUGUUUACGCAAAGGAGAAGCUCAAUGGAUUUGAAUAUCCGCCUGGAAACAGACUGGCGGUAAACUUUGUUGAUGACGGAGAGGACCGCAGCAGUCCUGUAAGUCGGAUGGCAAUGCAGUUGGUUGCAGCCCAGAUGAUGUCUGCAGUGUGGAACGGACCCGCCACCAACCAAGUCAUGAAACCUCACCAGGGCUACUCUGCCGUCUCCAACAUGUCCCGGGUUCAGACGGACGUCAACCUGCCCCCUCUGAAGAAGCUUGCUCCACCAGACAGCAAGUCCAAGGAGCGCUUGUUUGUCGUGUUCAGCCCCUCUCCGCUGCCGCUGGAUGUGCUGGAGGAUGUUUUCUGUCGCUUUGGUUCCCUGAUCGAGGUGCACUUGGUUCCUGGGAGGAAAGUUGGAUACAUGAAGUAUGCAGACAAACAGUGUGCAGACGAAGCCAUGGCAGUGCUCCACGGUCGGGUUGUCAACGGAGUGAAGAUGAAGGUUAUGCUGGCUGAUCCUCCCAGAGAAGAGUCUCACAAACGGCCUCGGACCACUUAGGGACCUGCAAGACAGAAAGACCGGCGACUGUUGUCACGACACAAUGACACCUGACCUGACAUACAGACCGACCGACAUCAAGACCAUCUCCAGACCUCUGACACGACCUUUGACACCUGUCUGACAGAACCCUUCUGGUCAGUGACCAUGCUGGUACUCUCUGAUAAACAGUAUUGAGUGCACAGUAGCAUCUUAUACUCAAAUGGAGUCUUAAGUACAGUUUGUGAGCAGCAAUGACAAUGUCAUGUGUAGUUUGUGCUCAAUGUCCUGCUUUUCUGCUUAUUGUAAGUAUAUAAAUUCUUCCCCAACACUGCUGGAGACUUCUGAAGAAACCUUCUUUUUUUUUUAAGUUAGAUGAUUCUAAAGAGUUUUGGUUCAAGAUGUAGACAGCAUCUUCCUCCUUAAAGAGUGUGGGGAGUAACACAGGAUUUGUAAAGUUGGAUCUGAUCAACCUUGUUUUUCUUCAGGAUCUGUCUCUUGUUUUUCUUUAUGGUAUGUCUUGUUAUCACAUGUUGAUUAAAGAUCAAAUGUGUUCAUCAUACUGUGAACUUUUAUUUUCUUGUCUCAGUAAAAAUAAAGCUCAACUGCACAUUCA